ACCAUGGAGGAGCCCGUCCAGCUACCAGGCUCACUAGCAAUGAUGCCCCGCCUCGGCCUCGGCGUCUACCAGCUCAGAGGGGAGGAGUGCUUCACGGCCUGUCUGGCGGGGUUGGAGGCCGGGUACAGGCUCGUCGAUACCGCGCAGCUGUAUGGGAACGAGGAGGAGGUUGGGAGGGCUGUGUCCGCUGGAAGGGUCAGCAGGGAGGAUUUGUUUUUGACGACCAAAGUUGGACGGUGGGAGGGCAACGGGGAGAGGAUGUAUGAGAGUGUUUUGGGGAGUGUGAUGAGAGUUGCUGGGGAGGGGGAAGGGAAGGGGUAUGUUGAUUUAGUUCUCAUACAUCGACCCGUGGAGCGGUGGAGGGAUCUCUGGAGCGUAUUGGGGAGGCUUGCGAGGGAGGGUAGGGCGAGGAGUAUUGGGGUGAGUAAUUUUGGGAUUGAGGCAUUGGAGGAGAUGAAGGGUUGCGAGGGGGGGUUGCCUUGUGUGAAUCAGAUCGAGCUUCAUCCGUGGUGUCAACAGCGCGACCUAGUCGCCUACUGCCAACGAAACGGCAUCGUAGUGCAGGCGUACAGCCCGCUCGCGCGGGGCCGACGGUGGGCGGAUCCGGUGUUGAGAGAGGUUGUGGAGCGGGUCCGGCGGCAGGUCACACCAGCGCAGGUGCUGAUCCGCUGGUCUCUCCAGCACGGAUUCAUACCGCUUCCCAAGAGCGGCGGCGCGAGCAGGAUCAGGGAGAAUGGGGACGUGUUUUGGUUCCGGCUUGAUGGAGUUGAUAUGGGGAUGUUAGAUAAGUUGGAUUUGGGGGCGGCGGGGGCGCUGUUUCCCAAGAACGUGAGUUGACAGUGGGAGGAAGCAGUGUGUAUUAUUGCAGACUACUUUGCCGAAAUAUGAUUGAUGGGCUCUUUAGAUCAUGAGUGUUUCGUACCUGGCCUGUCUACAAAUUAUACCAGGUUUCUUCUCGUUGUUCAUUGACAGAUGACAUAAGUAAGAAUGCACAGCAGAAGCAACACACAGUAGAAGCGCCG